AUGUUCCAGGCUACGGGAGCUGCCAGCCCACCCCCAACUCAUGAGGCAAAGAACAACUCAGGAGGCAGCACAGUGCAGCGCUCCAAGUCCUUCAGCCUGAAGGCGCAGGUGAAGGAGAUGUGCACCGCCUGCCAGAAAACCGUCUACCCCAUGGAGCGUCCGGUGCCAGAGCUAACCCUACCCUCUUCCUCCAGCCUGGGCAGCUACGCGGCGCUCCACGGGGAAUUCUACUGCAAGCCCCACUUCCAGCAGCUCUUCAAGAGUAAAGGCAACUACGACGAGGGCUUCGGGCGCAAGCAGCACAAGGAGCUGUGGGUGCACAAGGAGGUGGAGAGCGGGACCAAGUCGGCGUGA